AUGGGGAACAUGCACAGAGGACCUUCAAAAAAUGAUAAGCGGGUAGUUUAUAUUCAGAUUUAUGAAUUAGUUGAAGCCAUCAGAAAAAAACAGUCCAUCAGACUUAACGAGGCUGACUUAAACCUGGAGAUAGAAACUGUAUAAAAUAAUCAGAACAAAUGGACUCUUCUCCAUUUAGCUGUUUGAUUCAAUAACCAAGUCUUUGCGGAAGAAUUGAUUACUGCAGGCUGUGAUAUUAAUGUUCUUGAUGCUGUAAGCAUAAAUUAGCAUAAUGAAUCACCUUUAAAAUUAGCAAUUUUUCUAAAGAAUGAAGAAAUGAAGAAGCUGCUGAUGCAGCAUGGAGCUAUUGAAACCAUUGGAAAUUCAGUGCAGUCAGAAAAACAAGCUUGAAAUAACUUUGAAAGUGUUUUUAGUGAAGAAUCUCCAGAAAAGCCACCUAUGACUGUAAAAUUUAUAAAGGCAGCGGUUUAUGUUGGAUUGAACAAAAAAGUCAGGGAGGAAGAAGAGGAAGAAGAUAGUAGUGAUGAGGCUUUACGAAAUAAAACCUCUGAUAAGAAAAGCAAUUUUAUUAAUAGCUAA